AUGCUCAGCGCCGCGCUCCGAAGGCGAGCUCUCGCUCCCACCCAGAAUGUCCUCCGCAAGGGCUUCUCGGCGCACGUAGUCCGCCACUACGCGUCGUUCCCAGAGCACCAGGUCGUCAAGAUGCCGGCGCUGUCGCCCACCAUGCAGGCUGGCAACAUUGGUGCCUGGCAGAAGAAGGCUGGCGACAGCAUCGCGCCCGGCGAUGUUCUCGUCGAGGUUGAGACGGACAAGGCACAGAUGGACUUUGAGUUCCAGGAGGAGGGUAUCAUUGCCAAGAUUCUCAAGGAGUCUGGCGAGAAGGAUGUCGCUGUUGGCAGCCCCAUCGCUAUUCUCGUCGAGGAGGGCACCGAUAUCUCCGCCUUUGAGAAGUUCACCAUCGAGGACGCCGGUGGCAACGCCAAGGCCCCCGAGGCCAAGGAGGACAAGAGCGAGUCCAAGUCCGAUUCCCAGCCAUCCACCCCCGAGCCCGCUACCGAGCCCGAGCAGUACGCACCCUCGGAGGGCAAGCUGCAGACCGCCCUCGACCGUGAGCCCAACGUCGCUGCCCAGGCCAAGCGUCUGGCCCGCGAGAAGGGUGUCAACCUGGAGGGCAUCAAGGGUACCGGCAAGGGUGGCAAGAUCACCGAGGAGGAUGUCAAGAAGGCCAUCAGCAGCCCUGCUGCCACCGCCGCCCCUGGCGCCACAUACGAGGACGUCCCCGUAUCCGGCAUGCGCAAGGCUAUUGCCAGCCGCCUCCAGGAGUCUGUCCAGUCCAACCCCCACUUCUUCGUCACCAGCAGCAUCUCGGUCGGCAAGCUGCUCAAGCUCCGCCAGGCCAUGAACAGCUCCGCUGAGGGCGAGUACAAGCUGUCCGUCAACGACUUCCUCAUCAAGGCCAUGGGUGUCGCCUCCCUCAAGGUGCCCGCCGUCAACUCGAGCUGGCGCGGCGACUCGAUCCGCCAGUUCAAGACCGUCGACGUCUCGGUGGCCGUGUCGACGCCCACUGGCCUGAUCACCCCCAUUGUGACCGGUGUCGAGUCGCGUGGCCUCAAGUCCAUCUCGAACCAGGUCAAGGCGCUCGCCAAGAAGGCGCGCGACAACAAGCUCAAGCCCGAGGAGUACCAGGGUGGAAGCAUCUCCAUCUCCAACAUGGGCAUGAACAAUGCCGUUGACCAGUUCAGCGCCAUCAUCAACCCUCCCCAGGCCGCCAUCCUUGCCAUUGGCACCACCAAGAGGGUCGCCGUGCCCGUGGAGAACGAGGACGGCACCGACGGCGUCGAGUUCGAGGACCAGAUCAGCGUGACUGCCAGCUUCGACCACAAGGUCGUGGACGGUGCUGUCGGCGCCGAAUGGAUCCGCGAGUUCAAGAAGGCGCUCGAGAACCCCCUCGACUUGAUGCUGUAG